AUGGAGAAGAUUUGGCGAGUAUGAAGAGAAUGUAGUCCGGUGGCUGUUCUUGUUGCGCACCCUGUCAUGCAGAGUGUUGUCAUGUCGUCUUAGUGUUUGUGCACCAGCACAGCACAAGUGCACUGCUAGAAAUCAGCUGCCUACAGGCCACACGAACCUGUCGCAGCACCUUGCAGAAGUGUCCAAGAUGUUCUUCGCAUCCUGCGGAAGACCACAAGAGCCUCUCGAGAGUCCCCUUCCCGUCCAUACGCCCACCUUUUCUACAACGAAAUUCGGAUCGAGCCAAGCGAAUACGCGGUUCUCCUAACCGAAGCGCCUUUGAACCCGAAGAAAAAUCGGGAGCGGAUGCUGGAGAUUCUGUUUGAUAACUUCCACGUCUUAGCGGUGUCCAUCGUGAUCCAGGCGGUCAUGUCCUUGUACUCGAUGGGGAGAACCACGGGGGUUGUGGUCGACUCUGGCGACGGGGUGACGCAUAUCGUGCCGAUCUUUGAGGGGUAUUCCUUCCCCCACGCGGUCCAACGGUUAGACUUAGCCGGGCGGGAUCUGACGGAAUGGCUGCAGACGCUAAUGACGAAGCGGGGGUUUUCGUUUGUAUCGUCCAGUGAGAAGGAUAUUCUCGGGAAAAUCAAGGAGGAGUGCUGCUACGUAUAGAUUUUGUUAUCAACAGCUGCUUUGUAUUUGUUCCUUCAACAGCAUCAGUAGUUUCAGUUGGUUCAUUUCGCUCGCGGUGUUUUGCAGAUCUACUACCACUCCCACUGCUGUGCUCGUCCACUCUCCUCUUGGCGCCCACGGAGUGCGCAUGGUCGUGUGACACUUUUCGCAUUCGCAGAUGCCGGUGCCCGCCCAGUUCGCUGGCCUAUAAAGACGGGUAGGUCACGCUAUCCUGUGGGGCCGAGCUGCUUUGGGCGAUCGGAUCAUCUGCUCCUCUUCCGGUGCACCCGUUCGCGUCACGCGUACAGCGGAUCCUAAGUAGUAAUUGUGGUCUAUCGCCUUUGCCUUGCGCCUGUGGCUCUGCAGGUCACUACAAUGCCUUCGCACGGACGGACAGGCAAAGCACCGUCGAGCCGGCUGCGCUCAACUACUUAACAUCAUCGCGUUAUUCGUCAAGCGCCUUUUUCCGCGAUUAUCGGAUUCUGGGUGCAUUGUAACGCGUAGAAAAACUUCUGACAACGCCAUGGUGCAGCGCUUGAGAAACAUAGCGCUUCGAGCAUCUUUCUUUGUGAGAAACACGAUCUAUAUCCUGUGCAAAAGUAUCGUAUUCGUAUUGCAAUCAUACAUUACAAAUCUUUUUGUUAAGUCAAAUGCGCAUUACAAAUAUUAUUUCUCAUGCUGAGGAAUUUUGUAUUUGUAAUGCAUUUAUACGAGUGCGAUACUAGAAGUCUAAAUUAAACUACGCGCGUAUGUACAUCCGGAAGAAGAAUUGAGAACAAGAGAAUACUCAAAAAACGAAACGGAUACACAUGUGCUGAAUGAAUGAAUGAAUGACGAGUGCGAUACUUGUGUGCAUUGUGACGCGUAGAACAACUUCUGACAACGCCAUGGUGCAGCGCCCUUGAAACAUAGCGCUUCGUAUCAAAAGGAAAAAUCCCCCCUCCCCAUAUCAAAACGAAAUUCCUGAUGCUGGAUUUGAGUACACAAAUCAGCUUUGUAUUGCAGGAAGGCAUUGCGGUCAGAUCCCCAAGCUAGGUAGGGGCGUAUGCGUCUAGUUGUUCAGCAUGGUAAGCGGCUCCCCUUUAUGCCCAACAGCAUGAGAAACCGCUUCCAUAAUGGGGCGGAAGCUUCUGCCCUUGUCUUCUUGCAAAACAGAUCUGAUUUGUGACCUCAAAUCAGCAACACAAAUUUUCGCAAACAUGCCUUUUCAAUAUGGGGAGGGGGGAUUUUUCCUCUUACUACUUCGAGCAUCUUUCUUUGUGAGAAACACGACGAUCUAGUAUUAUGAUCUAAUAGAGAUGACGAUGAGGCUACAGUUUCAACAUCCCUUCUGCAGUGCAGCUGUCUUGUCUUCGUUCCCGCCUAGGUGGGUGGUCGCGGUUCUUCUGAUCAAAGUAAGUGCGAUCUCAGCAAGAGAAAUCAGACCGAAUCAAGAUCAGCUGUCAGAAGAUCACUAUCGCUUCAUUUGUCAAACAUUCCUUUCAAUGACGUGCUGUCAUUGCUUUUCGCAUGGCAAAUAGUCGAUUGGGAUGCCGGUUGAAGCGGAAACCCAACUUCUCUCUCCACGGUCGACUUACCUAUAGAAAAAAUUAGGAGUCGCAUCACUAUCAAGGGAAUACAAUGUUGCUACUGCAAAGACCACGAUCUCAUGAUCAUCCAGAAUCAUCACAAAUCAGAUCUGUCACACGAGAAAUGCAAUACAGGUUGCGCUUGAUCUGCAGCAGGAAAAAGCGAAAGCUGCUACGGAUGGUUCGGUGGAAAUGGAAUUUGUGAUGCCGGAUGGCAAUACGGUCACGCUCAAUGAGGAACGGUUUAUGACGCCAGAGCCAUUGUUCCAGCCAAUGCUGAUAGGUACUUAAUGUUACUUUACCACUGUCACUGUGACUUUGUCAUGCUGGAAGUGUUGGGGUGUGAUAUUUUCUCGUGCGCAAACGGCAUUAUCAUGAUGAAAUGUUUUUGAACGCUUGGCAACCAAAGGCAACUUUGCGUUGCCUCAUGCGGACUGGUAUUGAAGAAUCGAUAGGACUGACAAAGACUUGUAUUGCAUAGAUUGCACGGCGUGCGCUUGUCGUGCGGAAUCAGGAUCAGGAACAACACAAAAUCAUGAUGAGAUGUUUUUGAACGCUUGGCAACCGAAAUCAAGCGGCUUCGCGUUGCUAAGGUGUGGACUUUACUGAAGAAUCGAUAGGACUGACAGUUUGUGAUAUAAACGUAUAAUUUCGCCUAGUUGAUGUCAUGUGGCACCUUCCCUAGAGGUGGUAGAUCAAGAUCUGCGCUUCUCCCUUGCAACACAGAUUUGUUCACCUUCACGAACUACGCUGUACUAUCCUAUCAGGUCGCGAAGCCCUUCCGCUUCCGGACCAGAUAGCGAAGUGCAUCAAAUUGCUCGAUAUCGACCUGCGGAAGGACAUGUACCGGAAUAUUGUCCUUUCUGGCGGUACGACGUUGUUCCCGAACUUACCAAACCGGCUGCAAUCCGAGCUAGUGAAGCUGACUGCAGGGUUGUCCAAGUGCGAACCGCGAGUGCUACUACCGGACGAGAGGCGAUACGUAUAAAAAUUGGCUUUACUUCUUAUUUUACUUCUACCUGUUUGUUUUGUCUUUGUCUUUGUCAUGCAGAAUCUCCCAGCUCUGAUCUAUUCCUCAUGCUAUGAUGAAUGCACAACAUCAACCAAAUCCUUCCUGAUCUACGGUCCUGUGGUUGCGAAUUCUGGUGUCCCUUGACCGGGCUUUCAUCAGUUCUUGCUUCUACGGACCUAUAUCUGAGGGACAACUACUUUUGGUCGUCUGCAAUUCUGAUAAGUUCACAUGCUACUGCUGCACUACAGAGCAUUAUUCUCUACCUCGUGACGCAUUACAAAGUUGAAAUUUUUCACUAUGAUGAGGAAUUCAAAUCAGCUACUAGAUCCGAGCCCUGUUCGCCCAGGGCAGCUGAGGACAAAACUUUCGAUUACCUCUGACUAUUCAUUGCAGAUUUUGCAUCACAAGUAGACCUCCAGUAGCGCUUUCUAGCAUGGCAAAUGCUAAUGUUCUUGAUUUCCUCGAAAGAAGUGUUGUCACUAUGAUGAUCAAUUUACACAACACCCUUUUUCUGUAGAUUUGAAAGGGGGCGUUAGUAACGCUGUCUUUUGUCCGUGAAGAAUUCUUUACACGACAAAACUGAAAACCUGAUAAAGACUACUUCUUUUCGAGGAUAUUUUUCGCCAUGCUGUGUUUGUAUUUGCAUUAGUUCACAUCACGCGGCCUGAAACGGAAACGCGCGACCCUAUGAUGACUUCUGGAUUUUCUGAGCCAUUCGCACUUAGUUCUGGGCGCGGUUUUGUGCCACGCCCGUGCAGAGUAAGCGAUCCGCCGGACAGUUCUGCUGUCCGUAUGUCUGAUCAUAAGGAAGCCCAAUCCAAUAUUUCUGUUUCCACGUCCACCUAGAAGCCGUCACUUGUACAUCUUCCAUGCACAGCACUCACUCCAUGAUGACACAAUGAAUUAGAUAGUAGAUCCGACUGGAGGCGACUCCUAUCGUGACGAAACAUCUCAAAACAGUUUCAGCCUUGUCUGACAGAUUUAAUGACAUCGCUUUUGUGCAAUACAGUACCCGUCUGCCAUGCAGCGCUCCGCAUGAGAAGCUACCAUGAUGAUAAACUUUUCACGUUCCUUUCGGAAGAGAAGAAUGUCGAGAACUCUUUUGGCAAGUAUUAGCUUCUGAUCAAAUUAUGCAAUUGCGAUCAUGCAUCACAAAUCCUUUUUCUAAGGUAAAUCCGCACUACAAACUUUAUGUCUCAUCAUGCUGUGGUGUGUUAUAUGAGUCCCUAGUACAGCGUCGACCUCCUAUGAUGACUCGUCCUCUUAUAUCGCAAUGCUUUGUCAUGAUUUGCAUUUGGUUGUAUUGAUCAAGGCAAAGUUGAUGCAAAAUAGGAUUCCCCUCCUGAUAGUUCUACAUAAGUCGUCUAUAUGUAACCUCAAUUUCUCCUCCAGGUCUUCUAGUUUUGCCACUAUCGUGAUGACUCGUCCUCUUAUAUCGCAAUGCUUUGUCAUGAUUUGCGCAUGAUGCAAGUCUUGUGCAGAGGUGAUGUAAAAUGGAUUCCCCUCCUGACUCUGUGGCAUACUAAUCGUCUGUGAAUUCGCGCACUUUGACCCAGAGCAACACUGCGUGCACAACAAUCUAAGGCCAGAAUAAUUCAUGAUGACUCGUCCUUUAUAUCGCAAUGCUUUGUCAUGAUUCGUUGCGGCCUCUCGGCUGUGAUGGAGAUGAUGCAAGAUGGAUUCCCCUCCUGAUAGUAUCUGGCUACAUUCGGCGUGCCUGUCAUGCGCACUCACCAUGAUGAACCACAUAUCGAUUCGCAAUGCUUUGUCUUAUUUGCAAUGCAAAUUGUGAUGAAAAAACCCUUGUGGCGUCCUUUCUGACAAAAGCUUUAGCUUACACAAUAGCAUAGUUGUCAGCAUGAGAAAGAAGAAAUGCAGAUAUCGCAUGGCAAACUGUUGCACCUCGUCGUCAUCGAUCCCCAGCACUAAAUAAACCUUCACAGGUGGUGUGGAAGGGCGCUGCGGUGCUGGCUGGCAUGCCAAAUUUCACCAAGAUGUGCGUUUGGCCGAACGAAUACGAGGAUCACGGGAGUGGUGUGGUGCAUAUGAACUGCAAAAGUGUCGUACUCGUACCCAUUGCAGCUAUGCAUUACAAAUCUCCAUCCCACGGUAAAACAGCAUGACAAAUUAUGUUUCUCAUGCUGAGGAAAUCUGUAAUGCUAAUGCAUUUAUACGAGUGCGAUACUUUUGCAGUUCAUAGUGCACUCAAGGUGUCUAUCUUGAAGGUGGUGGUAGCACUCAUCUUUUCUGAACAGACGAAUUUGUUGUAUUGCAAGCACUAGACUGACGCUAUUUUCCGUUGUAUUCCUGCAAGGGCGUGCAGCUGUUGAACGAGAAUUCUCCCUUCUGUGUUUGUAUAAUUGCGCCGUUCGUGAGGCGCCCGACCAGAGACUUGUGCGGCAAGCUGGCGGCUACGCUUGUUUGACUGUUCCGAUUCCGCCGUGCUCCACGACCAGUUCAGUACCGCUUCGCGUCCGCUGCCGCAUCUUUGCUCACAAUCUCUUCCGAGUUUUUUUCCACUAUCGUAUUCUCCGAUGGAUCUCCCCUUCUGAAGACUUCCCUUGCGGCGCACACACCUUGCGAUCACAUGCACUUCUACCUAGUAAACCUUUAUUCUGUAUUAAUCCGCAAGAUGAAGUGUUCUACGAGUACGACUACGAUCUCAUGUGCACGAUGUGAAAAUCGCUUUCUGAGUACGACGAUUCGAUCCUCCUUCCGAGUACGACGAAAUCAGCGCUAUUACUAGCCCGUUUUCACCACUUCUUCGUGUGACUGCGGGAUUCAUUCAGCGCAAUAAAAAAUUUUCAGGCCUUUGUGUAGCUGGUAGGAUUUUUCUCAAUAACCUAGCGGCACAGGGCGGCAUUGGAACAAGGCAAAUUGAUGUUCCGUUUCUCAUGCUAGUUUCCGCACGAAAAAAUGUAAAUGACCUUGUCAACGUCAUGUAUGAUUCCACUACAACAAAAUGUAAAUGAUGAGGAACUUUGGAAUGUCUAUCUUGUGCUGUGGUUUCUCCUAUUGCACUGGAUACCGGCGUUAAGCGGACGGUUUUUCCGCUCUAUGCUACAUUCAACCGCCUGCGGAGGAAUUGACAUCUGAUAUUUGUAUUGCGCGACAGCACGACGAAAAGUUACAUUCGCAUUACUACGUAGAAGAUAAGCGAAAAAGAACUUGAACUGAAGCUAGGAUGAAAUCUCCAUCGGAUCAGGUCGUGAGGGGGUGUUUUGCUCUCCGCAGAGCGCUCUCGCUGAACCGUCCAACCUUUGUCUACAUGAGAUUUCUGAGAUGUGUUUUUGCUAUGCCUGCUUGAUUCUGCCAUGCUAUUGUUGGUAUUGGUCGUUACUAGCAUAACAAAAAGGAUGUUACCUUCCUACUUCGCGGUUCUUCCCGAGUUUUUCGCGGUUAAAACCGUUUGGAACCCUGAGGAACAUGGAGAAUUCUGCCAUACUGAUCAAUAGCACGUUUGCUUCCAUGCAUUGUAAAGGCAAGGUUGUGUUGCUUCUAUUCCAGGACCGCCGUAGAACGCCAGGAUGAGCAUUUUUAUGUUUGGUGAGUGUUGCUUCCACGCGGGGCAUGCGCACUGAGCAUUACAAACUCAUGAGAUUUCUGCCUGACUACAAAGAACCUGUCAUCUUAUUCACCGCAAGACCAAAAGCAUUGAUGUCAUCGUUUUUCACGAAGGGGGCGCUGUGUGCGCAAGACCAAACGACGUGAGCUUCUUGUGCUUCUAGGAGGCUUGUUGAUUGUGAAGAAUGGCUUUGAAGCAGUAAUUUGAUGAAAGAAGAAAAACAAG